GAAGACAAGUUCGCAGUUUGCUGAGUAGGAGCGAUUUGUGUGUAAUGUAUCUAGGAUCAGCGCUCGCCAGUGUUGCAUACAUCGAAUUCAAACAGUAUAAGAUAAAGGAAAGUGAGAAGUAAACCAAAGGUUUCCGGGCGUGCACAACCCACAAUGGAUAAAUUAAUCUACGCCACAGUCGUCCUCGCUCACCUGUGUUCACCUGGACUGACCAAGGAGGCCGCGUCCCACGGAACGCUUCAGAUGUUCAGCUCCGUCAACGCCCCCGCCAAACAGGUGACGGACGGGAAGAUGGCGAUGCCCUUCCGUGAGUGCGGGUAUGUCCUGUGCAACGUCUCGGACGCCUUCACCAACGAGACGACGCACCUCUGGGAUUACUACGUGGACUGGGAGCUCCCCGCCGGGGCGCAGGGCAGCGAGAGCGUGUUCGUGCUGGCCAACAGGUUCCAGAUGCCCCGCUCGUACCUGGUCUUCACGGGAUUCACCGCGGACUUCGCCGGCGACUACAGGUGCGUCCUCAGCUUCCGCCUGGAGACCGUGUCCUCCGUCAGCCUCAGCCUCAGCAUGUCCGAGGGCGCCGCGCAGAGGGACUGCAGCAACGUGCCCGCCUGAGGAGGUCGCGGGGGCGGCGAUCGCUCCCAGGGGAGGAUUUCAAAGGCAGUGUUUGUCAGUUUGCGCGAGACACUGAAACCAGUGUGACUCACUUUUCCACUGUUGUUGUCUGUGAUAAAACGAGCUGUAGUGCAUGACCACAAAAGUAUCUUGAUGUAGAAAAUACAAGAUGCAUUAAUUGUAUAAGGGCAAAAAGCGAAAAAAAAUCACAAUUUGCAUCACGGUCGCUUACGUUAGACCAAAGCAUUUAAAAAUCAGACUCGAGGAUUCUUUUUCCAUAUAAAUACACCCUAAUAACACGAAUCUCGAAGAAUAUAUCUCGAUAUAAAAGGAUAUUAAAGAAAUAAAACAAUAUAAACGGUAUAGUUAUUAAAUAUCCAGAUUUCGUUACAGGGAGAAAACAUCUAAUGUUAGUGUAAUUGUGUAGCAAGUGAUAUUUUGCAUAUAAUCAUGCCUGCAUAUAUUUUCUGAUUAUUGUUUAUAUACUGUGAAAAUAGACGUGAAGUGUCAUGUGUAUUUAUUAACUGACCUUUUCUUAAUGAAUGGAUGGCAAGACA